AUGUCAUUUCUGACGACUAAAUGGAAACGAGGAAGUCGCGAAGCGCAGAAGAAGAGCAGCGACGCUGGCUACAGCAACGAGAGCGUGGAGAGUGAGCACGCUCUGCCGCAUCGCAACCGUACGUUCAACGAGGUCCCCACCGAGCUCUUCACCAAACUCUAUUAUUUUGGCUUCGCGGAUACGUAAGUUGGGGGCGUGGCGGAAGGAUUGGACAAUAUUUUUUGCGCUGAAAAAAAUUUUUUUUGGUUUGCAAAAAAAAAUUAAUUGGGCGCAGUUCGCAGAGUAUGUUGUGGCCAGAAUAAGGAACUUUUUCCGUCAUUUUUUUGCACUGUGCAAAAAAUGGGUUUUAGUUUGCACGGUACAAAAAUUUUUUUACACGCUUCAAAACUCGAUAAAGAAUUUUUUUCUGUCUUGCAUUUUUUCAAAAGUAGCUAAAUGAUUUUUUCAAUAAGAAUAUGUUUUUUCCAGCUCGGAAGUUGCCCUAUCCAUCAGAGAAAAGGGCCAAUACGCUGUCUCAGGAGACGAUUCUAAAGAAAAAAUCGAGUUCAUACUCUCAUUUGGCCAAGUUGUGGAAGGUGUAAGUUUACAAAGCGUUUAUUUUUGCCUUACUUUUUCUCGUAACCACCAAAAACGGUGUUUUUUGCAACUUCCCUGAAAUUCAGGGUUUCCGUGGUGGGACUCAGAAAUUGGAGAUCUAGUGCAAUAUAGGCUUCUUGGAUAUGAUCAGGGCCUUAAAAUACCUUUUUUUAACCCAAAUACGUCAAAUGCGACCAAUAUCUGACCUUUUUUGAUGACUUCCCUGAAAUUCAGGGUUUUCGCGGCGGGACCCAAAAAUUCUCAUUUUCAAAAAACCCGUUGACUUUACCUGGUUUUCUGUGCAUUAUUAUCUCCAAAAAGGACGUUUUCAAUUUUUUAGUUUCAGACCCUGCAAGUUUUCCACGUCUCGAUCUACCACGUGGGCGAAGAACCGACGGCCCCCCGGGCCGGACCCCCAUCCAAGAUGUUUGGUCGCAAAAGUGGCUGGAAAGUCGAGAAGAACAGUUAUCUCGAGACGGACAAGACCUUCCAGGCCAUCAACGACGUCAUCGAGCACUUUGUAAUGUAUAGAAAAUUGGGACUACCCGCAAACCGACCGGACUUUUUGAUACGAGAUCGCGACAUUCGCAUCAAGAAACAGAUUGGAGAGGGUGAGUAGGGGGUCAAAUAAACCUUCAGGGGCUAAAAUACAAGGGGCAUUAAGUUUUACGGGAGAAAAAUGAAAAAAAAAUUUGGAAUUUUUGAAAAUUUUUGGAAUUCUUUAAAAUGUUUUUGACGAUUUUAAAGGUUGUUGCCGAUGAGCAAUGUUUUGCCCUCGAGAAAUUCAAAUUCUAAAAUUUUUUUCGAAUUUGAAAUUUUUUGGAAAUUAAAAAAUUUUUCGAAGCUUCUCAUUUCCAGGCCAUUUUUGCGUUGUCUCCAAAGGCUCGUACACGCACGGAACCCGCGACACCUACACGGAAUGCGCGAUAAAAGAGUUCAAGGAGACGGACGUGUCCAAAAGUGAGAGGCAAAAAGAGAUUAUCGAGAUGCGAAGAGAAGCGUCGACUAUGAGAAUCAUGAAGCACCCAAACAUCAUCAUGUUCUAUGGUGUGGCGGCGGAUACUCCGAAUAUAAAGGUGAUUUUUUGAUUUGGGGGUUUCUUGGAUUUUGCACUGUGCAAAAAUUUUUUUUAUGUUUUUGCACUGUGCAAUUUUCUUGGGUAUGCCGCACAGUGCGAUUUUUUAUGCUUUGUUGUAAAAAUUUUUUUUGCACUGCAAUUUUUUAAAAAGUUUCUGCACAGUGCAGAUUUUUUCAAAAAUUUUUUUUUUGAUUUUUGCACUGUGCAGUAUUUUUUUACGCACCGUGCAAUUUUUUCCUUGCACUGUGCAAUUUUCUUUGAUUUAUCGCACAGUGCAAUUUUUUUCCUCUUUGCACCGUGCAAUUCAUCAAAAAUUUUUCGCACUGUGCAAUUUUUUUGUUUUUGCACUGUGCAAUCUUUUGAUUUUGUCGCACAGUGCAAAAUUUUUUUUUUUAUUUUUCCGCACUGUGCAAUUAUUUUUUUGCACCGUGCGGUUUUUUUUCAAAGCAAAAAAGCAUUUUUUUAAAAUACGCUGACGCGUCUUUAACUUCACUUCUAAAGACAGACAUUUUUUACAGCUGAUAAUGGAGCUUUGCACCGGCGGCGCACUUUUGAAUUUCCUCCAAACCUAUAAGGACAAUAUCGAUAAUCGGGAAAAGGUUCAGUUUGGGUUCGAAGUGUCCAGAGGAAUGCGAUAUGUGGAGAGUGUUGGAGUGAUUCACAGGGAUUUGGCGGCGAGGAAUUGCUUGAUCGGGCGGAAUGGCAUGAUUAAAGUGGGAUUUUUUUUUAUUUUUUAACAUUUUUUAUGAUUUUUUUUAUUUUUAUAAAAUCAAAUAAAAACAAAAUUUUUUUUUUUAUUUUUUUUUUUUUUAAAUCUUUUCGAAAAAUUUCGGAAAAAAAUUUUUUAUUUAAAAAAAAAAGUUUUUAAUUGAAGCCGUUGACAUAACGUAUUUUACAUUUUCAGAUAGCGGAUUUUGGCCUCAGCCGGAAACAGACCGAUCCAGAGGUGAUCAAAGGCCGAUUCCGCGCUCCAAUCCGACUAAUGGCCCCAGAAACCAUCGGAAAACAUCCAAAAUUCUCGAAUCGAAGCGAUGUUUGGUGAGGUUUUAGAGGAAAAUAAUAAAAAUAAUAAAGAAAUUUUUAAUUUUAUAGUUCUUUUUUUAUUUUCAGGGCAUUUGGAAUGCUAUUAUGGGAGAUCUUUACCAAUGGAGACGUCGCCUGGCCGGACGACCCUCCGAAAGCCAUUGCUCAUUUCAUUAAGGCGCUGGAAAUGCCGGUUUUUCCACGUAAAAUUUUUGAAAAUAUUUUUUUUAGAUUUUUUGUAUAUAAAAUCAAAAAAAAGAUUUUUUAAAUAAAAAUCUGAGAUUUAUUUUUUUUUGAUUUUUUGCAAAACUUUUGUUUUAAAAUGCUUUAAGAAGGGCUAGAAAUCUCAAACUGUAUCGCAAAAAAAUCAACAAAUUUUUGUAUCACCAUAAGGUCUGAUAAAAAUUGGAAUAUAAUUUUUUUUAAUCAGCAAAAUUACAAAAAAUAUAAAAAAAAUCCGAAAAUUCAAAAAAAAAAAAAAAAAAAUAUUGUUUUUUUAAAAAGACUUUUUGAAAAUAAAUUUCCCCAAAAAAUAUUUUUUUUUUCAAAAAAUUUUUUUUUCAGCUACUGCCCCUCCAGAAGUGGUUGAAUUUGUCUCCCUAAAAUGCUGGAUAAAGCCUUCGACGGAGAGAGCCGACUUUGACGUUACCUGUCGAUUCUUCCAUGGCCUAAUCCGCGACGUUUACCGACCGCCGCCCCCAGUAAGCAGAUGUGUGGCCAAAUUGCCACAUGUCUUUGUCAAAGAUCGUGACGACAAUUCCAUCGAUAUACAACACGGCCAAAAGAAGAUAAACUCGGUUAAGAAAAAUGUGGUAAGUUUUCGUUUUUUGUUUCAAAAUAAAAAAAAAAAUAAAAAAAAAUUUUUUUUUGCACUGUGCAAUUUUUUAUUUUUCUUUGAGUUUGCACUGUGCAAAAAAUAGAAACAAAAAAUUUUGCACAGUGCAAAAAAAUGGAGAAAUAUUCGCCGCACUGUGCAGAUUUUUGCAAUUUUUUAUGCUUGGGCCUUUUGCACGGUGCAAUUUUUUUUAUUUUUGCACUGUGCAAAAAAAUUUUGUUAUGUUUUUUGCACGGUGCAACAAAAAUGGCGAAAGAUCCGCCGCACUGUGCAGAUUUUUGCAAUCUUUGAUGUUUGGGCCUUUUGCACAGUGCAAAUUUUUUUGCACGGUGCAAAAUUUUUCUUUCUUGUUUUUGCACGGUGCAAAUUUUUAAAUAUUAUAUUUUGCACAGCGCAAAAAAAUUUCUCUUGAUUUUUACUAUUUUGCACAGUGCAAUUUUUUAAAAUAUUUUUCCCUGUUGCACGGUGCAAAUUUUUUUCUGAAUUCUGCACUGUGAAAGAAAAAAAAUAUUCUUUCAGAUCAGUGGCAGUGAAACACGAACCGCCCGGACCGCUCGUAAUCAGUCACUUGUGGUGUCGCGAGCCAAAUCCGUGGCUGAGGGCUCUCGCUCCACCGCGCCCUCGAGGGUCGCUGCUCGCCGGCGCACUCUGCGAAAGAAAUCCGCCAGUGACGAUCGAAAAACAGUAAGUUUUUUGGAUUAAAAUUGAAUUUUGGGACUUGACUGUUGAUAAAUAAGGCUGGUAAUAAAUUUUUUAUUUUUUCAGCGGAACGCAAAGAGUAAUAAGGAUUGA